UGCACUAGAGAAGUAAAGAAGCCAAAAGAGAAACGAUCUAUAUCUAGUCAUCAAAUCUGCGCGAGUCUCGCUUGCUAAUCGGAAAUCUCCGAUAGAAGAAGAAGAUGGCGGUGAAGGUGUAUGGCCCAACCUACGCUUCCCCGAAACGCGUCCUUCUGUGUCUGAUCGAGAAGGAGAUCGAUUUUGAAGUGGUGCUUCUUGAUAUCUUCAAGGGAGAGCACAAGCAUCCUGACUUCCUCAAAUUGCAGCCAUUUGGACAGCUUCCUUUGAUUCAAGAUGGGGAUUAUACUCUCUAUGAAUCCCGAGCAAUAAUUAGGUACUAUGCUGAAAAGUACAAAUCCCAAGGAACUGACUUGCUGGGAAAGACAAUAGAAGAUAGAGGCCUUGUGGAGCAAUGGUUGGAAGUGGAAGCCCAGAGCUUCCAUCCUCCAGUCUACAACUUGGUUCUUCAUGCUCUGUUUGCCCCCAUAUUGGGAACCCCCUCUGACCCAAAAGUAAUCCAGGAGAGUGAAGAGAAGCUUGGGAAGGUUCUGGACAUUUAUGAGGAGAGGCUGUCAAAGAGCAAGUACUUGGCCGGGGAUUUCUUCAGCCUUGCUGAUCUUAGCCACCUUCCUUUUGGGCAUUAUUUGGUGAACCAGAUGAAGAAAGGGUAUAUGAUAAGGGACAGGAAGCAUGUGAGUGCUUGGUGGGAUGAUAUCAGCAGCAGGCCAUCUUGGAAGAGGGUCCUCCAGCUCUACCAGUACCCUAUCUAGGCUGCUUCGCUCCUCACAUUAUGACUAAAUAGUAAUUAGUAAAGAAUAAAUGGGUAUUUCUAGUAUAAGAAAUCAUUUACAUGCUUUUGAAGCAGAGCCAGAGAGAAAGAGAGAAAAAAGUUUGAGUUCCAUACGCUUUCUCAAUGUGUUGUUGUCUCUGUUCAUGUAGGAUGGUUCUACUGGUAAACCAUUUCACAUGUUUUGGUGAUUUUGCAUCAGUUAGCUUUGUGAGUAGCCUAUGAUAUCUGAGUAUAUAAUGUGUUUCAAAUAGUGGGGUUUAGGGUUUACUCGCCUAAGGAAAAAAAAAAAAAGGUGUGUGAUUUUGGUUUAUACUCAAGAAAUUUCUCAAAUGGAGCAUUCCAACUUCCAGGCAUGUUGAGUUGAGGACUUGGAGUUUAUUGUGGUUUGGUUUGUGUGUUGAUGAAAGCAGCUUAACCUUCAUGUUAGUGUUUUAGUACCUUGGAUUAGUAAGGGUUUUUUUUGGCUAUUUGGUGGUGAUUGUUAACUUGGAUGUAAAAGAUUGAAGCUUGACUAUAUAUUGGAACGAAUGUUAGGUAUUGAA